AUGGCUGUUCACAUAUGUACCAACUUUCUACACUCAACUCACACAGUCCCAUCUUCUCUUCGACCUUAUCCUGCAAACCCAUCUUCUACAACCGUCGUCAGAACCCGUGUAUCCUGCCUAUCAUCAUCUUCAUCAUCACCAAGAAUGGAUCCUCAGACCAAAUUCAUGGAAUUCCCACAUGUAUCCGCCCCAAUCAGGGACCUAAUGCUGGGACUUGUAUCUUCGGUAGAAACCCAUCUGGGCUCUUCUCUUCUCCCUUGUUCUCUUCCACCUGAUGUGCAGUACUAUCAGAACCCCAAUGGCAAUGCUGAAGGCACCGUCUUUGUCAGAUCCGCCAUUCCCUCUUCCCCUACAAUGGUCAUGAAAGCAUCAAGAUUUAGAGUUUAUGUUGUCAAGAUUUAUGAGCUGGUUAUGAGUUAA